AUGGCUAUUCUCAUUGGAUUCAGAUCUUUAUAGUUAUGUCCCAUUUAAUAUCAUUUUCUAUGGUAACAAAUUGGAAAUAAGUAUUAUAUUAAAAAUUUUACUUAGAAAUAAUCAAACAUUUAAAAAGAUACUGGCAUUUAUGCUGAUUUGA